GCAGUGCCAGUGUCCAGCGCGCUGAGAGCCCGCACUUUGCUAGGCCACCUACUUAGACUUCUACUGGCUGCACGCUGCAUAGGAAGGACUCCGGGAGAACCUGAAGCUGCGCAAUGGAGACAGUGACCUUUGAGGAUGUGGCUGUGAACUUCACCAUGGAGGAGUGGGCUUUGCUGAAUCCAUCCCAAAAGAGGCUCUACAGAGAUGUGAUGAAAGAAACUUUUGGGAACAUCACUGCUAUAGGAAGAGUCUUGGAUAACCAGGAAGUUGAAGAGUACAAAAAUUACUGCAGAAGUCUAAGAAAUGAAGAGGUUGAGAAAUGCUAUCAAAAUAAGGGUUGGAAUCAAUAUGAAGAAAUAUUCCUUUGGACUCCAGAUGCUACUGUGGACAUGAAACAAGCUGGUUUAAAACCAGCUGAAGGACUUGCUGGUGGAAAGCCCCUAAUUGGGCCUUUUUCACAAAAUGUGCCCAUCAUAGCUGACACUGAACUGAACACAUCUGAGUAUUUGGGAUCAGAAGAGAAUCUGUGUAAGUGUAAUGAACAUGUAAGGCCCUGUGAUUUCCAGUCCUUUCAGACAGAUGCAAACACUAAGACUGGAAAAAAAAACAAUGAAUAUGAUCUUUGUGGGAAAUCUUACACUGAUAGUGAAAGAACUUACCUUUCAGAGAACACUUUUGUAUGUAAGGAAAAUUUAAAAGCCUCCAGGAAACCAAAUCAUGAAAGAAUUCACACUGUGGAGAAACUCUAUAUAUGUAAGCAUUGUGGCAAAGCUUUUGGUACACAAAAUUAUUGUAAAAUUCAUGAAAGAACUCAAAGUGAGGAGAAGCUCUAUGUAUGUAAGCAGUGUGGGAAAGCUUUUAGUACACAAGGUACUUGUCAAAGACAUGAAAGGACUCACAUUGGGGAGAAACCCUAUCUAUGUAAGCACUGUGGAAAAGCUUUCAACAGGCACAGUGAUUAUAAAAUACAUGAAAGAAUUCACACUGGAGAGAAACCCUAUGUAUGUAAGCAAUGUGGGAAAGCUUUCAGUAGGCACAGUGAAUGUAAAAUACAUGAACGAAUUCACACGGGGGAGAAACCCUAUGUAUGUAAGCAAUGUGGGAAAGGUUUCAGCAGGCACAGUGAAUGUAAAAUACAUGAACGAAUUCACACUGGGGAGAAACCCUAUGCAUGUAAGCAAUGUGGGAAAGCUUUCAGGAGGCAUAGUCAGUGUAAAAUACAUGAACGGAUUCACACGGGGGAGAAGCCCUAUGUAUGUAAGCAAUGUGGGAAAGCUUUCAGCAUGUGUAAUAUAUGUCGAAGACAUGAAAGAAUUCACACUAGAGAGAAACCCUAUGUAUGUAAGCAAUGUGGGAAAGCUUUUAGUACACAAGAGCAUUGUAAAAUACAUGAAAGAAUUCAUACUGGGGAGAAACCCUAUAUGUGUGAGCAAUGUGGGAAAGCUUUUAGUACACAACGCUAUUGUAAACUACAUGAAAGAACUCACACUGGGGAAAAACUGUAUGUGUGUAAGCAAUGUGGGAAAUCUUUUACCACACAGCGUUAUUGCAAAAUACAUGAAAGAAAUCACACUGGGGAGAAACCUUAUGUAUGUAAACAUUGUGGGAAAGCUUUUAGUACACAAGAGCAUUGUAAAAUACAUGAAAGAAUUCACACUGGAGAGAAACCUUAUCUGUGUAAACAAUGUGGGAAAGCUUUUAGUACACAACGCUAUUGUAGACUACAUGAAAGAACUCACACUGAGGAAAAGCUGUAUGUGUGUCAGCAAUGUGGGAAAGCUUUUGCCACACAGCGUUAUUGUAAAAUACAUGAAAGAACUCACACUGGGGAGAAACCCUAUGUAUGUAAGCAUUGUGGAAAAGCUUUUAGUACACAAGAGCAUUGUAAAAUACAUGAAAGAAUUCACACUGGAGAGAAACCCUAUGUAUGUAAGCAUUGUGGGAAAGCUUUCAGUACACACGAACAUUGUAAAAUACAUGAAAGAAUUCAUACUGGAGAGAAACCCUAUGUGUGUAAACAGUGUGGAAAAGCUUUUAGUUCACAACGCUAUUGUAAACUACAUGAAAGAACUCACACUGGGGAAAAACUGUAUGUGUGUAAGCAAUGUGGGAAAGCUUUUGCCACACAGAGUUAUUGUAAAAUACAUGAAAGAAUUCACACUGGGGAGAAACCCUACGUAUGUAAGCAUUGUGGCAAAGCUUUUAGUAUAAAAAAUUAUUGUAAUAUACAUGAAAGAAUUCACACUGGGGAGAAACCCUAUGUAUGUAAGCAUUGUGGGAAAGCUUUCAGUACACAAAAUUAUUGUAAAAUACAUGAAAGAAUUCACACUGGGGAAAAACCCUAUGUAUGUAAGCAUUGUGGGAAAGCUUUCAGUAGGCACAGUAAAUGUAAUAUACAUGAAAGAAUUCACACUGGAGAGAAACCCUAUGUAUGUAAGUAUUGUGGGAAAGCUUUUAGUACACAAAAUUAUUGUAAAAUACAUGAAAGAAUUCACACUGGGGAGAAACCUUAUGUAUGUAAGCAUUGUGGGAAAGCUUUCAGGAGGUACAGUAAAUGUAAUACACAUGAAAGAAUUCACACUGGGGAGAAACCCUAUUUAUGUAAGCAUUGUGGGAAAGCUUUCAGGAGGCACAGUAAACGUAAUAUACAUGAAAGAAUUCACACUGGAGAGAAGCCCUAUGUAUGUAAGCAAUGUGGGAAAGCUUUCAACAGGCCCAGUGAAUAUAAAAUACAUGAAAGAAUUCACACUGGAGAAAAACCCUAUAUAUGUAAGCAAUGUGGGAGAGCUUUUAGUACACCAGGUUCUUGUAAAAGACAUGAGAGAACUCAGUGGGGAGGAACCCUAUGUAUGUAAGCAAUGUACAAUUUUCAGUA